CGGUUCCAAGCAGGUCACCACCGGCUGGCACGAGCCGCCCGGUCCCCAAGUAGAGAAGGGAGCGACUCUCCCGAGCACCGGCCGCCGAGUCCAAGUGGGCGGGGACCCGCCUCGCGCCGCCCGCUCAUGUCUCUGCGGAGCGCCGCGUCCGGCCGCCUGGCACCGCUGCGCGCCGCGGGGCAGCUGCUGGUCGUCGCCCCGCGCCCCCGGCCCGGCCCCUCGGCGGGGGCCACGCGAACCCGCGGCGCUGCGUGCGGCCCCCCGGCGUCCCCGGGCGCGCACGCCCCCCGCGCGUGGGCCUCGGCGGGAGUUGGGGCGUGGGGGGCGGCGGCGGCGGGGCGGAGAGCCGGGGUGCGCACCUGGGCCCCCCUGGCCAUGGCGGCGAAGGUGGACCUGAGUACUUCCACCGACUGGAAGGAGGCCAAAUCCUUUCUGAAGGGCCUGAGCGAUAAGCAGAGGGAGGAGCAUUACUUCUGCAAAGACUUCGUCAGGCUGAAGAAGAUCCCCACAUGGAAGGAGAUGGCGAAAGGGAUGACGGGAAAGGUGGAGGAGCCCCAGUACAAGAAGGACAAGCAGCUGAACGAGAAGAUCUCCCUGUUCCGAGGUGACAUCACCAAGCUGGAGGUGGACGCCAUUGUCAACGCCGCCAACAGCUCCCUGCUCGGCGGUGGAGGCGUGGACGGCUGCAUUCACCGGGCCGCCGGACCCCUGCUCACCGACGAGUGCCGGACCCUGCAGAGCUGCGAGACCGGCCAGGCCAAGAUCACCUGCGGCUACCGGCUGCCGGCCAAGUACGUCAUCCACACGGUGGGUCCCAUCGUCCACGGAGAGCCCAGCGACAGCCAGGCGGCCGAGCUCCGCAGCUGCUACCUGAACAGCCUGGACCUGCUGCUGGAGCACCGGCUGCGCUCGGCGGCGUUCCCGUGCAUCUCCACUGGGGUGUUUGGGUACCCCAAUGAGGCGGCCGCGGAGGUGGUGCUGACCACGCUGCGGGCGUGGCUGGAGCAGCACAAGGACAAGGUGGAGCGGCUGGUCAUCUGCGUGUUCCUCGACAAGGACGAGCGCAUCUACCGGCAGCGGCUGCCGCACUACUUCCCGGCGGCCUGAGGCUCCUGCAGCCACCAGACCAGGACUGACUCGCCUGGGCCUGACGGGCCUUGCUCCCAGCUCUGAGGUGUCCGGAGUCAGCCAUUUUCGCAGCUGACCACCCUCUCCGUGCUUACCUUCUGCGCGCCCGGCCCAGCCCUGCCCAGCGGAGCCUGCUAAUAAAGAACCGUUGCAGCCCCA